AUGGGGCAACCGAAGAAGAAGCUGUGGCUGCUGCUGCCUUUGCUGCAGCUGCUGCAGCUGCUGCAGCAGCAGCAGCUGCUGCUACAGCCGCUACCCUGCAUGUUUCUCUGCAUCAGCAGCACAUAUUUCCUUGCUGCUGCCCCUGCAGCAGCAGCAGCAUCCUCUCCCGUCCAAUCUCCUGCUGCAGCACAAUCAGGCCAAUCAACAUCAUCAGCAGCAACAGGAGCAGGAGCAACAGGAACAGCAGGAGCAGCAGGAGCAGCAGGAUCAACAGGAGCAGCAGGAACAGAAACAUCAGCAGUAAAGCCAAUUCGUCCUCAGGGUUUAGCCUCCUUAUUACAUUUAGAUAAUGUAUUAGCAGGAAGUUUUUGUGACUCCGAUGGAGGAGAAGAUAUAUUUGAUAAUAUCGAGACCCCCGCACUAUUUGCUCCUUCCCUUAAAAGAAUCGGCUCCCUAAGGGACGAUGAGUACAUAUCUCCUUCUUUUAAGGCUUUUGCUGCAGCAAUGGCAGGAAAUCCUCCACCUAAGAGGAGACUAGAAGCAGAAGCAGCAGCAGCAGCAGGCACACCACAGGCAGCUACAGCAGCAGCAGCAGCAGGCACACAAGAAACAGCAGCAGCACUAGCAGCAGCAAUUGAACCAUCACCAGCAACAGAGCCUGCUGCUGAUGAAGAAGAAACCACACUUCGGGAAGUAUUAAAUAAAAUAAAGAGCGGACCUGAUGCUGUUACUUUGCUGCUAAAGUGGGACUUUAGCUGUCUAGCAGCAAAGAGACAGCAGCAGCAGCAGCAGCAGAGGCAGCAACAGGAGCAGCAGCAGGAUCAGGAACAGCAGCAGCAGCAGCAAUUUGAGAUGUAUAUUGAUCUCGAUGAAGACUUGACACGAACAGGUGCUGCAGGAACUGCUGCAGGUGCUGCUGCUGCUGCUGCAGAUCCUGCUGCUGCUGCUGCUGCAGAUGCGCCUGCUGCUAAAAGGGGACAGCUGCUGUUUACUAAAGGAGUAUUUCUUAGAGACAGUGGACCAUCAUUGGAGCAACUGCAGCAGCAGCAGCAGCAACAGCAGGACAGUAAGCAAGAGGAGGGCUCGGAAGAAGAGCAGAAGCAGCAGGAGGAGGAGCAACAGCAACUGCAACAGCAACUGCAGCAGCAGCAGCAGCAGCAAGAAGAUCGACGCUUUGGCUUGGAGGCCUUAUCUCAUCUAUUAGAUCAUAACCUUGAUUUGCAUGCAGCAGCAGCAGAGCAGGAGGAGGAGCAGCAGCUGCAGCAGGACAUAGAUGAGGAAGAAAAAGGGACAAGGAAGAAAGUGUCUCCUUGUGUCUCCUCUCCUUUAUUAUGUAAAGAUUUGCUGCUGCAGCUGCUGCAGCAGCAGCAAGAAGCUAUCCUUCUUUCUUAUUACCUAUCUAUCCUUGAUAUAGAUGUCCUUACCUUUACUAAGAUGAGAACAUUCAUGGAGGAGAGUGGUAUACAAGGAGAAGAAGAAAUAAUAUUAUUAAUAAAAGAUAAAAAAGGAGACACUUGUGUUAAUGAUGUACAAAUAGAUAUAAAGGGACAGUUUAGGGGUUUACCCCCAACAGCAGCAGCAGAAGCAGCAGCAGCAGCAGCAGAUGCAGCAGCAGCAGCUGCAGCAGCUAAUGCUGCAGCAGCAGCAGCUAAUGCCGCAGCAGCUAAUGCUGCAGCAGCAAAUGCAGCACAAGCAGAUGCAGCAGCAGCAGAUGCAGCAGCAGCUGCUGCAGCAGCUGCAGCAGCAGCAGCAAGACGAGGUAUAGGUCUACAACCAAGAGUAGUAGCAGAUCCAGCAGCAGCAGCAAGAGCAGCAGCAAGAGCAGCAGCAAUUGCAGAUAUUAAGGACCCUAAUUAUCUGCUGCAGUGGCAUCUUCGUGCUGACGAAGGGUUUUAUAAUAUGGCAGCAGAUAAGGCAUGGCAACAAAUGGACUCCUUUAAAACAGCUGCUGCUGCAGCUGAAGCUGCUGCUGCUACUGCUGCUGCUGGUGGUGACGCUUCUGGUACUAAGAAAGCUGAUGCAUUAGCAGCAGCAAGACAGCAGCAAGGAGUAGUUGUUGCUGUAUUAGAUACAGGCUGUGGUCCUCAUGAGGAUAUUGAUAGUGUUCUAUGGAUAAACCCUAAAGAGCAUAAAGAUGAUAAAAAGGAUAAUGAUAAUAAUGGUUAUAUUAAUGACUACAAUGGAUGGGACUUUAUAGACGACUCGAGUAAUAUAACAGACACUUAUGGUCAUGGGACAGCAGUAACCUCUCUUCUUGCUGCUAGCUUUGAUGAUAAAGGAGGGAGAGGAGAUGAGGAUGGCGUCAUGUUAUCCAGACAAUUAAUGGCUAUGGAUUAUGUUAUGCAACAAGGAGCACAAAUAUCUGUUCAUCCUUUUAGUCUUGACACGGAGAGUGCUGUAUAUCGUGAGGCAUUUGAGAAACUUUUGUCAACAAAUCAUUUGGCGGUCGUCGCUGCAGGAGAUGAUGAUUGUGAUUUAGAUCUUGAUGAGUGCAAGUCAUUCCCUGCUUCCUUUCAUAUAAAUGAGCCAUCAGGACUUAUUGUUGUUGGCAGCAGCAACUAUGCAGGAGCAAAGACACGAACAAGUAAUUAUGGCAAAAAAUCUGUACAUCUUUUUGCACCCGGUUAUGGAUUUGUUGAUGGUACAUCUUAUGCUGCUGCAUUAGUAGCAGGAGCAGCAGCAGCUAUCUGGGGAGAAUUGCUGCAGCGAGGGAAGGUAAGGAUAGACUAA